UUUCUUUUCAUUUAAAUUGUCACCUGAGAAUUGUUUUGAUUUUACUUGUGGUGAUUUUAUUGGUUUCUUUUCGUGAUUAAUUGUCUUUUUUUUAUUAGAUUGUAAGUAAAGCAAUGGCCUAUCAUGAGUAUAACCACGAUGCGGUUAAAAAACGUCGUUUGGAAGCUGAAAUGGAUAAAUUUGAAAAGGAAAUUUCAAAACCUGGUCUAGUUGUUGGUCAGCCGACUGUUGGUUAUCCUACUGUUUUACCCGCGGCUAAUUCAUUGUAUCAAUUUAUUCCUCAUCAAAUUCAACGACAAGUACCAUCCAUGAACAGGGUUGGUCCUCCUCCAAUGCAUGCUGGUGGUUUGGGUGUCCCAACAAAUGGCUCAGUUAUAACUGGAUUGACACCGGGAGUACCUUUAUCUGUGGGUCAUAAUAAGAUGACCAAUAUUAAAGGAUUCCAAGCGAUUAAUACUAUGGCUAUUGGUUCACCGAUUCCAGGACCUUCAACGGGUAAUCCAAGUUACACUGUUACACCAAUGGGACUACCUCCGGGUGUUUCUCUGGCUUCUUUAGCUUCAAAUUCAUCUACUCCGGGUACAUCAGGAACACCCACGAAAAAAGGCUCCAAAAAUGUUGACAAAAGUUCCAGUAAAGUAAAGAAAUGUCUUAGAGCUGCGGGUGGACAAAUUUGGGAAGAUAAUACACUCACUGAAUGGGAUCCAGAUGAUUUUCGUCUUUUUGUUGGUGACCUGGGGAACGAUGUUACCGAUGAAGUUUUAACUCGAGGUUUCAGCAAAUACACUUCAUUUGUAAAAGCGAAAGUGAUACGAGAUAAACGUACAAACAAAUCUAAAGGCUAUGGUUUCGUUAGUUUCAAAGAUCCAACCGAUUAUAUCAAAGCAAUGAGAGAAAUGGAUGGUAAAUAUCUCGGCAGUCGACCAAUUAAAUUGCGAAAAUCAACUUGGAAAGAACGAAGUUUAGAUAUUGUCAAAAAGAAGAACAAAGAAAAGGCCAAAUUUCUAUCAACUUAAUCAUAUUGCACGCAAAAAGAUUCCCCAAAUCAAUAAUCAACAAACCCCAACAGGAAAACAACAACAACAACAACCAAAUCCAUUUGUAAAUUAAUCACAAACAAUUAACUGUCAAGAAAAACAAUUUUUGUAAAUGAAAAAAAAACUGUAAUAUCUUUUACCAAUCAUAUUACACAUUAACCUGAUCCGUCAAUUAAUUAUAACAAUUAAUUGACUGAUCACCCAUUAAAUGGUCAAACUAUCACAAAUGGUGAUAAUUAAUUGUAGAGAAUUGAAAUUUAAA